AUGGGGAUCCUCAAGCUCAUCCUCCUCUUCCUCGCAUUAUUCGAGUACGCUUCCACCGCUGAUGACCCCUACCACAACCAUGCUGUAUGGUUCGUAGGCAACACUACAGCACCUCCGCCCACCGAGGCUCCUCCCACCCCGAACAAUACAAAGGUCGGCACCGUUGUCCUCAUCAACCGCUGCGCCUACCCCGUGUACAUCUGGGAAGCCUGGGACGCCCACCAGUCUUUCACGAAAAAGCUAGACGCUCGCGCAAAGGAAGCGUACAAGAUCAUCGAUUCAUAUAGCCUUCCUGGUGGAGGCAAUUGCACCGACAACUGCGGCGUCACGUACAAAGUCUCCAAGAAUGACACCCUUGUCGGUGGCGUAGGCGGCAACCAAGUGCAACUCGAGUACUCCACCCGCAAGGGACUCUUCUACUACGACUUCUCCUUUGUCGACUGCGCAAAGGACGUCGAUUACAGGAAGGGUAAUGCAGAGAGGUGUCCGGGGUGGGAUGCGGGGUUGAAGAUUAUAGGGACGAAGACGUGCAAGGAGAUGGUUUGUGGGGAGGGGGAGAUGUGCAUAUACGAUGGCCAGGGCGCGUACUACAUUGAUCAGCCGGUACAGAAGUGGGGGCUGGGCGAGCCGAUUGGGACGUGUCCUGACUAUGAGGAAGGCACUGAGAUUGGGUUCGUGCUUUGCACGAGUGCGCCGCCUCUUGUGAAAGAGCGAGAUACGGCAAGUCAGAUCUGA